AUGGUCUUGAGCUGCAGUGACUUCGGGCCUCCGCCUCGAUACGUAUCCGACAUCACAGAUGCGACACCCCUGUCUGAGCCGUUGGAGUUCGCUUUCUCAGGCAGGAGGGCUUCGAAUCGCUUCAUGAAAGCCGCCAUGACCGAGCAGCUUUCGUCGUGGCAUAAGGAGACCCCGGCAAAGAGAGGGAUUCCUACGAAGAAUCUCUGUCGCGUGUACGACCACUGGGGCCAGGGAUGUAUCGGUAUGGUGGUCACUGGGAAUGUCAUGGUGUUCCUUGAUCACCUCGAGUCUGUCGGUGACCCGGUCAUCCCGCCCGAAGCGCCCUUCGAAGGCGCCCGUUUCGAGGCCUUCCAACAAUGGGCCGCCUCCGGCAAAAGAGGUGGCAAUCUCAUGGUGGCUCAAGUGUCCCACCCAGGCCGCCAGUGCCAUAGCUACUUUCAACCGUGCCCCGUAGCAGCGUCAGCUGUGCCCUAUGAGUUCAGCGGGCCUAAACGACCACUUAAGUUCAAUGAUCCACACGCUGCAACGGAGGCUGAGAUCGCCGCUAUCAUCGACUCGUUCGCCCACGCUGCUGAGUAUCUAGAAAAAGCAGGGUUUGAUGGCAUGCAGCUGCAUGCAGCGAACGGCUUCCUACUAUCAGGGUUCCUGAGCGCAAAGACCAAUUUACGUACGGAUCGAUGGGGGGGUAGUAUCACUAACCGCCUACGCAUCCACCUAGAGAUCGAACGGGCAAUUCGCCAGCGCGUACACCCUAGCUUCAUCCUUGGCAUUAAAAUAAAUAGUACUGAGUUCCAGGAGACAGCUUUUACGCCGGAGGAGGCGAAUCUAGUGUGUCGCGAGCUUGAGCGUCAUCACUUUGAUUUCAUCGAGCUAAGUGGCGGAUCGUCCGAGAACUUAAUGACAGGCAACCAACACCGUGGUGAGAGUGUGCGCGCGUCAACUAAGAAACGCGAGGCGUAUUUCCAGGAAUUUGCCGAGAAGAUUGUCCCCGGUCUAAGUAAGACUAAGGUCUAUCUAACGGGCGGGUUACGUACAGUGGGCGGUAUGGUUCGGGCCCUAGAAACGGUGGACGGAAUUGGUCUCGCGAGGCCGCUGGUACAGGAAUUCGAUCUCUGUAAGAAGAUUCUCGAGGGUAAGGUGAUGGGGAGCAUCAUUCCGAAGAUGGAGCUGGGGGAGUUUUGGCUUGCCUUAAUGGCGGGUAACCGGUCGAUCAGAGAGGUCGGACAGGGGAAAGAACCACUCAAGAUCUGGAAGGACGAUGUGAUCAACGACUUGAGGAUAGGUUAUGACCUGUGGGUGGACAAUAAGAGCUCCGACCGCGAGUUUGUUAGCUACUACGGCUUUACGUCGACGGAGGCGAUGGAACAAGGGAAGAUGCCGCUAUUGACCUAA